AUGGGCGUUCGCGGCCUAAAGACUGCCGAUCAGCCCAGAAAAGAGGGUAACUUCGGCGCCGGCUACCCCGCCCCUUCCUCGUGGUGGUCCAGCUGCAGGACCAUACAGCUGCUCCUCAGCGACCGCCUCUUCAGACUCCUCCCGCACCUAGACCAGUCGGAAGUGGUGGCCCAGUUGCGGCGCCCCUUCGUGGUGGUCCAGCUGCAGGAGCUAGGCCAGUUACAGGUGGUGCAUCGGCUUCUCAGCGACCGCCUGCGGGGACUCCUCCCGCACCUAGACCACCUGUCGGAAGUGGUGACACAGUUGCGGGGCCCCUUCGUCGUGGUGGUCCAGCUGCAGGAGCAGCUAGGCCGGUUACAGCUGGUGCAUCGGCUUCUCAGCGACCGCCUGUGGGGGCUCCCGCACAGAGACCACCUGUCGGAAGUGGUGGCCCAGUUGCGGGAGCAGCUGGUGAACCUCGACUACCUGCCGGCGAGCGGAUCUCUGAGCUUCCGGAGCUACCGUCGGAGUGGAGAGGAAGUCUCGGCCCUCAAGUCCAGUUCAUCCCAGGGCAAGGUGGACACGGUGCUUGAGAAGGCUUUCAAGUUGCGCGUGGAGCAGCUGGAAGGCGAGAAGAAAAAGCUGGCAGAGCAGCUGGAGGCUCAGAUGGUGGCCAAGACUGAAGAGCUGGAGGAGCUUCGGAAGAAGAUGCAAGAGCAGGCUUCGGAGGAGAUGAAGCUGAAGGAGACUGAGCUUCAAUCUGCCCAGCACAAACUUGAAAGUGCCGCUUCUCGACUUCGAAGGGCAAAGGAAAAGCACGACAAGUUCCGUUCCACCGUGAGGGCAGCCGUUGCCAAAUGGCAUUGCAAAACAAACUUCCUGGAGCGAAAGGCGAACAACGCGAAACAGAGGGCUGCGAAUGCCGAAGAGCUCCUGAAACGAGCACAGCUGGAGAGUGAGCUGAAGAAGGACCUGGGUCUUGCUGGCCUGGAGGCCAACUUGAAGGAGUUUGGGGUCACGUCUGCUGUGUUUCAGAAGGCGUGUGCCCAAUUCUAUGGUCUGUCCAGGAUCCUCAGCCUACUAGACGGAGCCUUCUGCAAUGAUUACGACAGCUCAGCUGCCACGAGGAACAGGGCCUGGCAGUUCGCAGGAGGCUACAGCGGCUACGGCGAGCGGAGAGCUUCCGCCAGGGGAGGAUCGCAUGGUGCCGCACACGCCUACAUCGCCGCCGACUCCUACGUCGCCGUUUUGGCGUGGGGUACCUAG